UUUAUAUGGGGCCCUCAAAGGUAGAUUGUCUACAUUCCAGAAUCUUCGAUCUAAACGAGGUCAAAAAGUGGCGCUUGGCUGUUACCAGGGUUGUCCGCUGGAGGCCGCCCGGUGUCGUCUUUAGUCUGUGGUGUCACUGUGUAGCUCGUGCUCCACCCUCGGUAACAGGCAGUCAGCAGGUAGACGAUCAAUGAAAGCCCAGGGGAGGGAGACUACGAGAGGCAGGCUUCGGGACUUCGCUUAAUGUACAGUGUCUUUUUCCAACUUUUCAAUGUUCUUUAUGAAGACCAAUAACAGUGUUUUAACGACUUGCGUUCCUUCGAUUCUACAUUGUUCUACAUUUUCAGUAUCUUCAGUAAAUUACUGGAGUUUAGCGUAUAUAUAUUUUUUCGGCAACCGCGGGAAGUAUUUCGUUUCAGAAUUGUUAUAAAUUUCAGACGUGGUACUCGGGAAAAGAGACAACUUUUUUGGAAGGUGGCAGGAAGCAAACUGGUUUUAGAUGCGUAACAACUUAAGCGGGCGAUAGACAUGUGAAUGCGUCGGCUGCAGAAAUGACACGUGAUUUCUACUGCUAAUUAAUUAACUAGUUAUAACAUGCUAUGUAAAUAAUUUCAACGGUUCCAUUGGAUUAGCUAGUUAAACAUGUCAAAAGUCCGGAAUGCUCCGUUGUCAACUCUAUGGUGGCAUUUUUGUCGAUAUUUAGUCGCUACGGAGCUUAUGAAAGUUACUAUAGCAUUUCCGUCGUUGUUUACUGAAUGGUCGACUGUCAUCUUGGAAUCAGUCUUAUCAACAUCAAUUUGACUUUGUUCAUCUCGGUUUCUGAAGUUCAACAAACCUUGCCAUUCGUUUGAAACCUAUAGGGAUACAGUGCGGUGGGGAUAGCCUACAUUCACACAUCUAGCGUAAAGAAUAGUAGGGGGAAUUGCUUUUGAGAUACUUGUUGCAUCUGGAGUCCGUCAGCGAGAUUUUACCAUUUUUUCCCUUGCUCUGGAAAUGUGACAUGGAAUACCGCUAAAUUGGAUACAUUUUUUAAACCAGACGUAACUGUAGCAUGUUUAUAGUGGGUUGGUCACAUAAUUAAUUAUCAACAUUGUUGCAAAAGGUUUUUUGAAAUAUUGCUAGUGGUUGAAUAUUACAGGAGCCGGUGUUUUGGAAGUGUCCGGACUGAACCGACUGACAACUUCAACCUGCACGUUGAAAAUGAGAACUGGGCUACUGUUUAUCUCGUGUAAGGACUGGAGCUCGUGUUGUAUGUGAAGAGUGAAAUCAAUAACCUUUUUCAACUGGAACAAACUUUUAAAGCGGGGUAAGAAUUAAUCAGAAAUCCACAAGACAUGCAUCCACAAAGACAACAUGGCAGUCAGUGAGCCUUAAAACGUUGGAUUUAACCCUGUUUUUCGAAUAGGUUUCACGAGUUUUUACAUUUUAGAACCCACAAAGAGGAGGACCGUUGCUGGGCCAUAUAUUUAUUGUCCUGAAUCAACUCCGGUUGUUGCCAGCUUUGAAGUCCACGAUGUGCGGCCGGAGCCCGCCGCUGCAGCCGAUCCAAUGACCGUUCCCCAGCGGCGAUUGGCCGGGCUCUGGCCGUGGCUGCUCAUAGCGGCCCUGCAGGUGGUGUUCGGUCAGACGGGCCUGGAGCUGGCGGCGGCCGUAGAGACAGAGCGCUCGGCCCCCAGGGCUGUCAUCAAGGUGACACUGCUGAGACACGAGCCCAGGGGGAAGCCCAUCACUCUGGAAGGGCUGUUCGUCGGAGGGAGCGCCGGCUCUGCAGAGGGGAAGCUCAUGCAGUCUCACCCUCUGUCCCUGUGCAACACCAGUGAAGAUGAGCGCCAGGAGUCUGACUUCAUCAGCAUCGUCAAGCUGGAAAGCCCGGAGCGCAAGGUGCCUCAGUGUCUGCCCCUGCUCGACAAGGCUCGCCUGGCACUGGAGAGAGGUGCUCAGGCUGUCAUCUUCGAUGUCACCGACGACAACGAUGCUGCUCUCGAGCUGCAGGACUCUGACUCCCUGCCGCUUCCGGUGGUGCUGGUGAAGGCUGAGGAUGCUGAAGAGCUGAUGGGACUGGUUAACAAGAACGAGGAGGCAAGAGUCCGCAUCGACAUCAAAAAAGAGGACCCAAAAUGGCCCCACUAUGAUGUUGGUAUCUUGCUCACUAUAGUCCUGGCUAUUCUGGCCAUCGUUUUGAUCUUUGCCUUCCGGUACCGAUGCAAGUCCAACAGAACCUGGGACUCAGUGCAUCAGCAGACCAUGCGAGCCAUCAGUCGUCUGGAGACGCGAAUGUACAGCUCUCAGGGCUGCGGGGGCUCACAGCGCCACCGUGGGGGCUGGGGGUCUAAUAGCAGCUCCAACUCCAGCCCCGUCUGUGCCAUCUGUCUGGAGGAGUUCCUGGAUGGACAGGACCUGAGGAUCAUCUCGUGUGCUCAUGAGUUCCAUAAGGAGUGUGUGGACCCCUGGUUGCUGCAGCACCGCACCUGUCCUCUCUGCAUGCACAACAUCAUGGGUACAGAGCUGUCACGUCAGCCCCAGAGGAGCAGACUGCAGCAGACCCCCGAGCACAGCCAGGGUUUCCUGCACACCCACCCCUACCCCCACGCCUUCCCCCAGCAUCCCAUCCCCUUCUCCAUGAGGCCUCACUACCCCCGUGGCCCCUCCGGCCCCUACCCCUCCCUGGGCCACUACAGCAGCUCCCCACCCCUGGACCCCCAGACCCUCCGCUUCCUCCCUAGCUGGCCUCUUGGCUCUGGCUGUGGAUACAUCCACCCUACAGAGGGCCCCGGGAGGCCUCACAAGGCCGGGAGCAGCUGUAGGACGGCAGGUCACCCUCUGGGGUCCCACUACGGCCCCGGGUCCCAUCGCUCCUGCCACGCCUACCGCUCCGGCUGCCCCGCCCAGCGCAGCAACUCCAGUUCCAGGCUCCACCACAUCCCCUCCUUUGCUCCCCGCGCCUCCGAAGGGGGGGCCCAUAGCCGGGGGGGCGAGGGAGGCAGCUGCUCUGGGGGGAGCUACCGGACGGAUCGCAGUGGCUACCUGGCAGACGGGCCGGCCAGUGACUCCAGCUCUGGCCCCUGUCACGGUUCAUCCAGUGACUCGGUGCUCAACUGUACCGACGUGUCCCUGCAGGGUGUAUACGGUAGCUGGUCCACGUUCCGCAGCUCCCUAAGCAGUGACUAUGAUCCGUUUGUGUACUACGGGCCGGGUUUGGGACGGACAGGCCGCAGGGACAGCAUGGAGGCAGGGGCCCAGAGACCAAGGUCCCUGGACUCAGUGAUGAACAGAGACAGAGGACGAGGGAGCCCUGAGGAGCAGCCACAGGCUGUGUUUAGCCACGUCCACUACCACCGCCACAGACACCACCACUACGGAGAGGACGGGGAGCGGGAGCACGCCCAGGGACAGGGGCCAGGCAGGGGGUCAGACGAGGAGCAGGGGGCUGCUGUUGCUAUUGGCUCUGGUACUGGUUCUCCCCCGGCUCUGGACAAGGACUUCCCAGUGUGCCCUCUGAAGCACAGCCCCUGUCAGUGCCCUAAGGCAGAACACAGAGACAGUAGGGAGGCCCACGGCCACAGGAUAGAGGGUCAGGACCAUGAGCUUAGCCUCAGCCCCCCGUCAGGCCCUCCUCCUGUCCUGGUAGCACCAGCACCCUUAGCAGCCCCAGCCCCCUGCUGCCACCAGGACCACGGCCAUGGAGGCCACCCCCACCGGAGGGCAGACCGGCUCGGCGGCUGUGUCCUCGACGGCCCCUCGGUGCUCUUCCACCAGAGCCUGGAACUGCAGGACGACUGUAGCAUCCACAUUCACUACGGCCAGGGCCCCAGCUACUGCUGCCCCCCGCCUGACCUGCCCAUGCCUGUGCCUUUCAUUCUGGACUCUGGGGGUAUGGGGGCCCUAGGGGGCCUAGAGGACUGGGCCUGCUGUGGAGGGCCCCACCAUGUAGUGUGGCAAAAGCGGGUGCAGCAGGCCCACUCUGAGCCCCAGUUGCUGGGGCCAGGGCUCGGGGGCCCUAUGGACAGACCCCCGCCCCCAUGCAGCAGGCGCCACCACGGUCACCACAGCCCAGCGCACGACCGCAACACAGACUUUUGUUUAUACUGCCAAACAUUACACAACAAUCAGGGAUCAGAGGAGGAGUCCGGUGUGUGAUAACUAACUAACUCGAAAGGUGCAUCCCCAAACUCACGCUGCUACGUACCUAGGAGCCGGAAUGGACAAACACGUCAUCGGCGGCCAUCUUUCUCAAGUCUUCCAAAUAAUUCCACAUGAAAUACCUGCAUUCAAACUACACUUCCCAGAAUCGCCCAGUCAGUGCUGAGUUAUAUCUGUCAACAGAGAUCAAAAUGAGUUAGAUUGUGAUUAUGUUGAACAUUUGUUUCUUUUGACCAUCAAAUCAAUGAAAGUCAAGUAGAGACCUGAAAUUGCUCAUAUUCAUUGUUGAAUUUAAGUAUGUCACAAAGGGGAAAUUUGUUUUAUUCUCUUCUGCCUUGUUGUUGUUUUGUUUUGUAAAUUACACGAAGAAUUCAAUACCGACAUGAUAUUACAAGUUCCCAGUUUGCCUUAGUGACCGCUAGGAAUUCUCACUGCUCAGGACUUGAGCCUCGAUUCACAGUACGAAACUCCCCUACUAUUUCUCUCAGUAGAAAUCACAUGGACAAAUUGGAUAUCUAAUUCCUUGAGUGGUUAAGUACUUAAUCGAUUAUAUUAUGAGGUACUACUCAGUAAUACUUGAUUUUCCCUCAUUACUCCCAUAGAUGCUCAGUUGGAGAUUUCUUGCUCUUUCCAACCUGCCUCAAAUCAGAUUCAGAAAUGUGUUCCAGUGGCGUGGGUAUCACAAAGGUACUCAGAGCUACAGAAAAAAGCCUAGAAGCUUCUCUCUGGGCAACCUGCCCCAUUGGGGGAAAACAGUUAUUUUCUUAGCCGGCCUUACAAGAAGUGUGCAUCCUGAGAGGUCACUAGAGGCUAGCAUGGGGACAUGUGUUGGUUAAUUCAAUAAUGGCAGCUGCUUCCAUCACAUUUUGUUUGCUUUGUGUUUCGGUAAAAAAAUGUAGUCUGUAAUUUUGAACCAGAUUCACUGAAAUGUGUUAUUAUUACGAGCUAUUUUAGUUUUGCUCAUGUCAUUUCUCAUGUUGCCAGUGGUUACUUAUUAUGUUUGAUCUGAGUGCUGAUUUGGUGGCCAGUGAAGGAGGGAGGGGUCCACCAGACAGACCUGGGUUCAAACUGUAUUUGCCAUCUUUCAAAUACUGUAGCUGUGCUUGAUUAAGCUUGCCUGGCUCAAUGGGACCAAUGUAAUCAUCCAAAAAGUGCAAACCCCACCCAUCUGGCAUGUUCUCCAGUCAGGCUAAAAUAUGCAAAUGCUCCAAGUAUGUGAACAAUUUCAAAUUCUAUUUGAACCCUGGUAGGCCUCCAGAAAAUCACACAGUGUGAGUGAAACUUUGCUCGGCUCAGGAAGGACAUCCGCCAUGUCUCCUGCUCUUCACCCCUGACAUUUAAUGACAUGUCCUAGUACACGACACAAUCAAUGUCGACCUGCAAGGAUAUUCUCUCCCUUCCAUUUCCCAAAUACCAGCAGCUAAAGCUCAGUAAGGGUGCUCUUAUCUUGGAACAUUACAGCAAAAUAGUAUAUAAAGUGCAUUCGGAAAGUAUUCAGACUUUUUCCACAUUUUGUUACGUUACAGCCUUAUUCUAAAAUGGAUUAAAUAACAAUUGUUCCUCAUCAAUCUACACACAAUACCCCAUAAUGACAAAGUGAACACAGGUGUUUAGAAAUUUUUGCAAAUAUAUAAAAAAUAAAACAGAAAUACCUAAUUUACGUAAGUAUUCAGACCCUUUGCUAUGAGACUGGGGGCUCCUGAGUGGCACAGCGGUCUAAGGCACUGCAUCUGUGCUUGAUGAGUCACAACAGACACCCUGGUUCAAAUUCAGGCUGUAUCACAACCGGCCGUGAUUGGGAGUCUCAUAGGGGGGAGCACAAUUGGCCCAGCGUCGUCCGGGUUUGGUCGGUGUAGGCUGUCAUUGUAAAAUUAGAAUUAGUUCUUAACUGACUUGCCUAGUUAAAUAAAGGUUAAAUAAAAAUAUUAAAAUACUCGAAAUUGAGCUCAGGUGCAUCCUGUUUCCAUUGAUCAUCCUUGAGAUGUUUCUACAACUUGAAUGGAGUCCACCUGUGGUAAAUUCAAUUGAUUCGACAUGAUUUGGAAAGGCACACACCUGUCUAUAUAAGGUCCCACAGUUGACAGUGCAUGUCAGAGCAAAAAAACAAGCCAUGAAUUCGAAGGGAUUGUCUGUAGAGCUCCAAUACAGGACUGUAGAGCUCCGGGACAGGAUUGUGUCGAGGCACAGAUCUGGGGAAGGAUACCAAAAAAGGUCUGCAGCAUUGAAGGCCUCUAAGACCACAGAGUCCUCCAUCAUUCUUAAAUGGAAGAAGUUUAGGACAACCAAUGCUCUUCCUAAUGCUGGCCUCCUGGCCAAACUGGGCAAUCGGGGGAGAAGGGCCUUGGUCAGGGAGGUGACCAAGAACACGGUCCUUCUGACAGAGCUCCAGAGUUCCUGCAGCACUCCACCAAUCAGGCCUUUAUGGUAGAGUGGCCAGACGGAAGCCACUCCUCAAUAAAAGGCACAACAACCCGCUUGGACUUUGCCAAAAGGCACCUAAAGGAUUCUCAGACCAUGAGAAACAAGUUUCUCUGGUCUGAUCAAAUCAAGAUUGAACUCUUUGUUCUGAAUGCCAGGCGUCACGUCUGGAGGAAUCCUUGCACCAUCCCUACGGUGAAGCAUGGUGGUGGCAGCAUCAUGCUGUGGGAUGUUUUUCAGCGGCAGGGCCUGGGAGACUACUCAGUAGUCGGAGCAAAGUACAGAGAGAUCCUUGAUGAAAACCUGCUCCAGAGCACUAAGGACCUCAGACUUGCGAAGGUUCAGCUUCCAACAGGACAAUGACCCUAAGCACACAGCCAAGACAAUGCAGGAAUGGCUUCGGAACAAGUCUCUGAAUGUCGAUCGAAUAUCUCUGGAGAGACCUGAAAAUAGCUGUGCAGUGAUGCUCCCACUCCAACUUGACAGAGCUUGAGAGGAUCUGCAGAGAAGAACGGGAGAAACUCCCCAAAUACAGGUGUGCCAAGCUUGUAGCGUCUUACCCAAGAAGACUCGAGGUGUCACACCCUGAUCUGUUUCACCUGUCUUGUGCUUGUCUCCCCCCAACCCCACCACCUGGUGUCUCCUGUCUGUCCCCAUUAUCUCCUGUGUAUUUAUACCUGCAUUUUCUGUUUGUCUGUGGCCAGUUUGUACUACCAGGGCUCAGGCUAAGACCCAGAUGUAGACACAGGAUACAUAUAGUAUGAGUAUCAGAGCUUAUUAUAGUACAAGGGGCAGGAGGGGUCUGAAUACUUUCCGAAUGCACUGUACAUAAUUACUAUGUAACUGGAGGAAAGUCAUGAUAAUUCAUAAUUUAUUCAACUUUGGAAACAUACAUUAUUCACUACCUUGUAAAAAAAUAUAUUGAUUCAACGUACAAUUAUAAGGCAACCAGCUUCAAUAGGAUUGUGAGUUUGCUCAACCAAAAUUGCAUUGAGCAAACUCACAACAAACAUUUUGUGGGAAUUUUGUGGAGAAAACUCACAAUCCUAUCGCUCCUGGUAUCCUUACAAUUGUAAGUUGAAUCAGCGUAUAUAUAUAUUUUUUCACAGUGUACCAAACAUUGACUUAACAAAGCUGUGGCCUUUUAUGAACUUAAAUGGAAGCCUGGUGAAACAUCCUAGAAGAUUAAAAACCCUGGAAGAAAGAAAAGUCUUGAAAUGUGUGUAGUUAUAUCCCCCAAUAUAUUCUAUUGCUUAGUGAAAAUGUGAAAGGAGACUGCAUUAAGACAGACAGUAAACAUGGAGCCUUAGUAUUUAAUUGAAUUAACCUAUUGAUCCCUUAGACUAUUUUCGAAAGAGCUGGAAGCACUUAAACAACCUUGUCUGAUCUAGUAACACUCUGAAUCUGUAAUUGAGAUAAGUCUGUCUAUGCUAUUUACUCCAAUUGUGCUUUCUGGAUUCACUUUUCAAAGGAGUUAGUUGUGGGAUGUGCAUUCACUACUUCCUGUCAAUGGGUUGAAGUUUAUUAUGAUAUAAGAUCAGCAAAUGACCUAAUACAUUAAAGCUCUUGUAUUUUACCAAAGAAACACAGUUUUGAAUGCAUUCAACCUGUGCCUUUUAUUCCUCCUCCAUCAAACUUAAACCCAAUUAAAUGUGUUUUACCUAACAAGAGAAAUCUGAAAAUGAAAUCGUAUGCAGUCAAACAGUGGAGAAUCAUGGAUUACAGACCCAUAUAUAUCGAUACCUCGUUUGUAAUGUUUUUUGGAGACAGCUUCUCUUGCUAAUACUCCAGGUUGUGUUUCUGUUAUAUAUAUAUUUGUGUAGAGAACAGUCCUAUAUAGCCUGGUUAAACCAGACUGAACACUGCACUCACCAUUGUUUCCCUUGAAACAAAGGUGAAACAUUGCAAAACCUGUCUGGAUACCAGGCUACAGUUCCCUAGCCUUAGCUGAAAUGACUAAAUUCACAACCAACCAGCACUGGAAUCCACAACCAACCAAUCUUUUUCAGUAAAAACUGAAAGCAAGGUAAAUCAAGGCACUAUAACUACGCCAACGACCAGAACAAGGAAAUAUAAAACUUUAAAUAAUCAAACAUCUCUGAAAUGUUUGGGCCGAUUUUAUUAUCCCCUUUAGGGUCGUUUUUUGUUUGUGUUCAUUGUUUUGUUUUUUAACGCAUAAUGAGCUGAAACUGCCUUUUUUCUAAUAGAGCACAAUCCCGAUAGAAAUUGAAGGGAUCUGUCAGUAUAUUUUGGAUACUUUGUGUACAAAAAGAGAAAGAAAAAAACAGAAAUGAAAUAAAGUGUUGUAUUUUAUAUAUAAUAGAACAUUUCAAUAUGGUGAUAUGUCACUAAUAUAUUUAUUUACUAAUAUAUUUAUCCAUUUUUGUCCAGGUCCUGAAAAAGAAUGCAUGGUUUCUGUAUAGAAACGAUAUCUAUAUGAAACUAAGUGCCAUCACAGAUGUAUCAACAUGGCUUCAUUCCAAUUAUAUGCAAAUAAAUUAUUUUGAAAUAAAACCUCUGGUGCUGA